GCGAAUGAACACAGCAAAGAUUAUCCCCCUUUAAACCACCCGCCGAUAGAGGGGGCAAAAAAGUUUACUCCAUGACUGAAGAGAAAGAAUGUAAAGUGACAGAUCAAUUUACAAUCGGGAUUUAGAAACCGUCACAUCCGAUCAAUAGAGCAAUGAAGUGGACAAGUGUAGCGUUGGCAUUUUGUGGAGUGCUGGCUGUACUCUGCCUAGCCGAAGCUUGCAAUGAAGCGAUUUGUGCCAGCCGGGUCAGUAAGUGCAUGCUGAUCAAAUGUUGCGAGUGCAACAUGUCGGAUAAAAAGAACUGCACUUGUUGCCGGGACUGCCAGGUUUGUUUGGCUGACCUGUAUACAGAGUGCUGCUCAUGUGUGGGUCUCUGCCCCCCACCCGACCCGAACAUGGACCUCUACAAGACCAGCACCAUUGAACGUCUGGGGGACCCCAUUCCUGACCUGUUUAAUGUGCUGACAGAGAUUCCCGACUUCCAGCAGCGCUGGGUGACUUACACAUACCCCCGGCACCAGCCAGAGGAGACUCUCUUAACCAAUGUCUCCAAGGACCUGAAGUACACCUUCACUAUUGGAGAGGACGAAAAGAGAACUGCAGCUAAGAGUGAUGAGGAUGAGAACAAGAACUGCACCGUAGCGUUCUUCUCGCAGUGCAUGUCCAUACACAAGUGCAGGGCUUCCUGCAAGUCUAUGGGCGCCGCCAAGUACCGCUGGUUCCACGAGUAUGGCUGCUGCCAGUGUGUCGGCGACGUUUGUCUCAACUACGGCCUGCCCGAACCCCACUGUCUCAAGUGUCCACCUCCGGAUGAAAUUGUGGAGUCUGAGCUUACAAUCGAAUACGCAGAAUCUGGGGUGAAGGUCGGCGCGAAUGAAGAGUUCAAGGUUGCUGUGGACGGCCUAUGAGGUCACAGCUUAUUCCACAAGGACAACAGUAAAUGUAGUGGUCAGAGACAUGCUUAGUCAGCAUCUUUAUGUCCCAGCAAUUUGCAUUAUAACCAGUAUCAACAAGUCUUGGAUUAAGCUGAAGCCUCCUUGUCUAUAGUAUAAGGAUAACUGGACCAAGCUUGUACUGGUGGGUAUAAGGGUGGGCUCAAAUAUACACACAUGACCAGCCAGCCAGCCAUAUUUUUUACGUAUCAUGGUAGGGAUUUAUUCAGUGUGUGGACUUGUACAUGGAUGUGAAAUUAACCAUGUGUUUAACAUGUCGUUUUGUUUAUUGUGUUGUUUCACAUAUAUUUGAUGCCAUGGAAAAUAGGAACAAAACUAUUCUAACCAUAUUUCCUAGAAAUUAUUAUUUCACAGUGACAUCGGUAGACCCUUGCAGAAUUAGUGCUAUGACUUACAGAAAGGGCACAAUCUCUACCUGAUAUAUAAUUAUUUUUCAUUUGUGCAUAUUUUUUUUCUGUGAAGUAUAUCACAAUAUGCUUAUGCCGUCCUUACAUCUUUUAGCCAUGUUGUCAUGGUAAUUGGUUUCAACCAUCACGUACCAUCAACAAAUGACAAUUAGAAUGUGGACAUUUGUUAAUGAUUAGUGCUGUUAAUAAUUUGUAUUAUUUUCCUGAUGAAGGAGAUGUUAAACUCGCCACCAAAUACAGUUUGGUGUAAAACUGAUAUAAACGGAAAAUGAUUUUUGAAAAAACAACCUGGUAUUCAAGUAGUUGUACAUGAAAUGUUUCAAGAAUAGCCAACUGUCCCAAAUUUGCUUUUCAAGUAUCAUUUUCCCACUUUUAUCACAUCCGGACCACAUGUAUAUAAUUGGCUGAUGUCUGGUUGACAAACAGGUUUCUGCUUUGAACUUAGUUUAUUUUGAGUUAUGAUAGGGAUUAGGUGUGAGUAGAGUUAAAAAUUAAACAAGUGAAUAUUGAUAGAAUUCCUCUGACCUAUGAAGUAUUGAGGGAUUGAGUGAGAUUACCCGUGGCCACAUUGACCUCAAAAGUUGUGAUCAGUUGCUAAAAAAAAGGUUUGACUUUUUACUCAUGACAAAUGUUGUGAACGUCCUUCUCAAUGAUGCUUUAGAUUAUGAUGAUUCGGCAUGCAUCCGUUUCAUGUACUUCCGAUAAUAUGGACCAGGGAGAUGAAAUUAAAGUACAAACGAAACUUUGUUCCCUCCACCACAGGGUAUGUGAAAUGUUAUCCUUUCUAGGUCAAGCAUGAUGAAGAACAUGGUAGGAGUACGCCAUUACUACCAGCCGAUGUUUAAAAUAUUUUAGUUCCUUGGUUGUGGAAGAAGAUGAAGUUGUAUAUAUAUUUUAUGCCAGUUUGUAUUUUAUUGUGUGGUCAGUACAUGUGAAUGACAGUGUAGUGUAUAGAUAUUAACAAAUCAGUUUAUGUAAUGUUAAAGUAAAUAAAUACUUUGGUAUUUUUCAUUGCAUCAGCAUAUUUGUCAUUUAGAUCUCAAAAUGGUAAAAUAGUGUAUCUUGUAUCAUGUUGUUUCUGUAGGAAUGAUGAUGAAUACCUCAUAUUUUGUAUUUUUAUAUUUAUUUUUAUAUAAUGUACAGAUAAAUCAAAUAUUUAUUCAUUAGGUGUACUGAUGUUAACCUUUCACUAGUCUGGAUUAUGUAAAUGUAUUCUAUUUGAUUGUCAUCAAUGUAUGCUACACUGUCAUUGACAAAUACCAGCAUUAAGGACCGACCAUUUGAUAUUCGGGAGUGUCCAUGAAAAUUCUUGAGUUUUUUUAUGGUUGAGACUUUUGUAAAAAUAGGUAUUACCUGGCACAAAAAUUUCAUUGUUGCAAGGUGUUUUGCUUUCAAAUAAUUUAGGCUCAUAGUUUGAAAUAUAAAAUUAUCUGGUUUGUAGCUGUAGCAGUAAAAAUAUCUAAUCAAGAUACAAAUUCUCUCCCCCCCCCCAUCCCCUUGAAUAUAAAAUGGUUGUUCCCUUAAGUAAAUCGAGUCUUAAGUUCAGUUAGAAUGUUGUAGUAUAUAUGCUGCUUGUAUAUACACAUGAAUAAUCAGGAAUAAAUGACAUAAGUCCACUCGGGAAAAAAAAUUGCCUGAGCACAAUGACAACUAACCCCUAUACAAGACUUGUAUGUCCCCAUUGGUACAGGUCAGGCUAGUGGACUCAAAGCAUUAUCCAUAAUAACACGUAGAUCUCAGUAUUUUUUCAGUUGACUCUUUUGCAAUCAACUAAUCCUUGUAAUCUCAAUGUAGUUUAGUGAUGAACAGUUUCAGUAUAUAUACAACAGAGAUUUGAUCAAACAAUGGUGUAUUACCAUCAGGAGUAAUCAAAGUAUUUAAUGAGCAGGAAAAUCAAAUAUCAAAUCAUGCUGAUAUCCAGUACAUGUCACUGAAGGAUUUUACUGGGUUGUCUGACCUUGCAACUCUGCGGUCAAGUCAUCAGCAUAUGUGUCACUGCAUUACUAAUACAAAUAGCACAUUUCAGGACAUUGUUAAUUCCUCUGCAACAUGACUGUUCGUGCUUAGUUUCAUCUAGUCUGAAUGCAGCGGUCAGCGUUAGAAAUUGGCACUAGUCCUGUAGUCCUUACCAAACUGCCCAAUGGUAAAGGUAUCCUAAGGACCAGUAGAAAUUGGCCAAUUUUUUUAGGGAUUUGCUAUAUGUUAUCAUCAUAAGGACUAGUGGACAAAAACUGUUAGUUUCUAACCCUUAUGCUGGUUGAACAAUCCAGUAGCUUCUACGCAGGUUUAGGCUGUAGGAUGGAAUUCUAGUAAGGACCAUGACAUCGUUUUGUUUUUUGACUGUAAAAGCAAUGAUUUCAGUUGACAGACUGACAGUAAAUAGAUACAAAGUGAUGGAAGUGACAUGAGACAUGUUCAUAUGUGUUUCAAUGGAGUUUAGGCCUAUUGCUUAAGGGUAUGCAGCAUUGUCAUACAUCACUGUUAAUGUCAAAAUUGGAUUAAUCCUGUGAAGUAUGCGUUGACAGCAUCUAUGUAAACUUGUUACCAUCGCAUCUCGAACACUUAACACCUACAAUUAAGUACAGCUUUGUGCUGCUUUGUAAUAAUAAAUGUUGUCAUUUUGAAGGCAUUACAUGUGUACUUAAAUAUUGACCAUUGUUUACAUACACUAUUUUGCCUAUUUAUAUAUCUUCUAUAUAUAGUUGUGUCUGAAGUAUAGUAGUUUUUGAAAAUCUAUGCAAGCUAGUUUACACGGUCUUUCUGAGACCUUCAGGCACCAUGGUCACAACUGAAAUGAUUUAUGAUAAGUGAUCAGCACCAUCAGUGAUCUGGAUUAAUAAAAGAUGAUUUUAGAAUAAAAGCAGUUCUGUU